UGAACCUUGCUCUGACGCACAUCACUUUCCAUGUAACCCUGAAGAACUCGAUUAGCUGGUUUGGGUGCACUGGUUGGACGGAAUAACAGAAGUGAUUAGAUCAGACUCGACACUAUUAAACAAAUCAAAUGUGGAUUGCCCAUAUCUUUGACAUUUUUGUGAAGAGGACUCCUACAGUGAGAUGGUUUCUUCUCAUUUGCUGUUUUCACACAAGCCAAUGUAAGCUCACGCUGCUUUCCUGUUGUCUUGAAGGAGGUUUUACAAAAUUCUCAACGCUCCUCAAAUUCUGUUUACGCAGAAGGUAUGUGUGUUGUGAAAUACACAAGCUUUUUUGACCCUCUUAAAGGCCACGCCUUCUUUUGCGGCUGGUGAUUUCAGGGAAACCAAAACUAAGGUUCAUUUCUGCACAGUCACUGUGAUAGAGUGAGGGACGAUGGCUGAGGCGAGGGUCUCCGUUGACGUGGACCAGUUCAAAUGUCCAAUCUGCCUAGAGCUUCUGACGGACCCUGUGUCUAUAAACUGUGGACACAGUUUCUGCAAUAGCUGCAUCCAGCUCAAAUGGAACAUAGAUGCGAAUACAGGAGUUUACAGCUGUCCCUUGUGUAGACAGAGGUUCUCUUCAAGACCGGUGCUGGGACGAAACGUCAUGCUGGCUGAUAUGGUGGAAAGAAUGAGGAAGAUGAGCCUUCACGCCGCUGAAAGACAACUGGCCGGACCUGACGAUGAAGAAUGCUACGUCUGCGCUGGGGGAAAAUGCAAAGCCAUUAAGACCUGCCUGGUGUGUCUCGCGUCCUACUGUGAAAUUCACUUAAACCUCCACGAUGAGCUGAACCCAGGUAAUAAGCACAUGGUGAUCAAUGUCACAGGCAAGCUUCAGGACAAGAUCUGCAGGUAUCACGACAAACUCAAGGAUGUUUAUUGCUGCGAGGAUCAGAAAAGUGUGUGUGUGGAUUGUGUAACAGACCAUGGAGGACACCGUGUUAUCAAAAAUUCUAUUGCAAGAUAUCAACAAUUUCAGUUACAUCUUACAGCACAAAUGAGAUUUGAACAGAGGAUCAAAGAAACAGAAAACGCGCUAAAGACACUUCAAAAGGCUAAAGAGGAAUUCAAGAGGUCAACACAGGCUCUGGAGAAAGACAGCGAGAAAACCUUUGAAGAUCUGAUCAGUCUAAUAAGACGACAGCAAUGUGUGGUCAGAGACAUGAUAAAAGUGAGGGAGCAGAAAGAAUCACAACAAUCGGACAGGAUUCAGAAGCAACUUCAGAUGGAGCUUGUUAAGCUCAAAAACAGAAAAGAUGAACUAAACCAGCUUUCAAGCACAGAGGAUGACAUUUACUUCCUCCAGAGAAUGCCAAUUCUCAAUGCAGCAUCAGAGUUUCAGCCUCCACCAAAAAUCACAGUCAACACGUGCAUCUUUGACGAUUUAAAAAGAUCUGUCUCAAACAUUAAAUCACAAGUUGAGCAGAUUUGCAAGUACAAAACAGCCAAAACAGAAAUGCCACUGAUCAAGACAUCAACUCCAACAAUUAGAGAAGAUUUUUUAAGAUAUUUCCAACCACUGACACUGGACUCCAAAACUGCUCAUAAGAAUCUCAUUCUGAGUGAGAAUAACACAAAGCUAACAUGGAUUGAUUGUGACAACCCAUGUUCAUACAUUCCAGAGAGAUUUACAUAUUUAGCCCAGGCACUGUGCGUGCAGGGUUUGAGUACAUGCGGGUAUUGGGAGGUGGAAUGGGGGGGUCCACAGGUCUACAUAGCAGUCGCAUAUAAAGGGAUUGAAAGGCACGGAUGUGGCAGUUGUUUGGGUCUUUGACAUAACGAAAAAUCUUGGAGCUUGUGCUGUAGCCCUUCCAGGAGAUUCGUCUGUCACAAUUUUAAAGAAACCGACGUUCUUGAACAAAUCUCCACAAGAAUUGGAAUUUUUCUGGAUCACAGAGCAGGAAGUUUGUCCUUCUACAAUGUCUCUAACAACACAAUGAGCUUGAUCCACCAAAUCAAGGCCAAGAUUACAGAGCCACUGUACCCAGGUUUUUGGGUGUUUGAUGGCUCAUAUGUAAGACUGUGUCAAUUUGGUGAGAAUGUGGCUCAACCGCACACUGUAAAAGACAUUAUGGAGCAAAGACAAGAGGAAUGCUCAGUGCUUUCUCAAUUUUACCUUUGGGGCAAAUAAUGACGGGACCUUAUAACCGCAAGCUUCAGCUUCUCAAGUGUAAACAUAAGUAAUGUUUUCCAGUUUUGCCUAAACAGUUUUACAGAUAGAUCGACCAAAAGCACCAGCAAGUGUGUUGAAUCUGUGCGGUGUGUGAACCCAGAGGCCCCGAUUCCCACGCCGGAUCACAACACCCAGAAGGAGCAAGUUGUGGUCCCCAUGAGCAGUUUUUUCUGUAUAUCAUUUUAUGUUAUGGAAUAUAUCCCCACUGGAAGUGGACUUUAAGCUUUGUAACUUUGUAACAUUGUAUUCUGGGUCAAUUAAAAUGUGAAACAGCAUAAAAGUUGCAGCUGAAAACUAUAGUGCUAUAUUGUUCAGAAGUAUAGGUGAGCUCAGGUGAUAUUUGUCAUUUUCAGAUCACAUUAACGCCGUGUUUUAUACUGUGGUGCAUUUAAUCUAAUUUAAAUGCGACAUGAAAUUAAUGUUUAUUUUCAGAAUGAUUAUUUUUUGUAUAAUUGGGCAUUAAUUGUAUGAUUGAGCUUUACGAUGAACUUUAUUUUGUCAUUAUGCACAUCUGUUCAGCUCUGUAAUUAUGUAUAUGAAAAGUUUUAAAACACAUACUUACUGUAUCUCAAUCUGUGAAAAAAUCAUAUUGAUUUUAAUUACACAAAAAUACCAAUGGAUGUAUAUAUUUAUGUAACACAUUAAUUAAACGUAAUGCAUUAUG